AUGUGCCAUCCUCGGACAGCAGGGAAUAUGUAAUGUUGUCAGUCAUCUCUUGCACUCCCAUAAUAAAAAAUAUGUAAUGAACUCAACUCUUGAAGAAAUUAUGUUCUCUAUUGCAACAAUGUAAUCAUUUUCUAGAGGCAGAUGAUCACCAUAGCUUGGAGGGAAUAAGACCGGGUGAAGGUCAGCCCGCUACAUAUGCAGCAGCCAGGAGGAAAGAUUGUGUCACUAACCCGGGCCGGAGGACAAAGACAAAUAGGCUGAGCAUGCAUGAGGAACUCGCCAUGGAAUUUCAUGAACGCAAACUAAUGUAUUUAAAAGAAGAUCAUGAUGUGAAGAUGCAAAUCAUUAAUGUUGAGUUGGCUAUGAAGGAGGAGGAGAGAAAUAUGAAGCAGCAGCAGUACCAAUGUUCUUCACAAAUAAGCACCAGUUUGGGGUCCCGAUAUUUCCAUUUGUGA